AUGCAUUCCGGCGAUGUUCUCGAAAAGGGCACCGUAAUCUUGCAACUACAUCAUCGGAAAAUUCGUAACCGUGUCUUGCCGGUUGCUGUAGACUUCGAUCGUCAGAUCGGAGAACCUCGAUGUAUUCCAGGCAAAGGUUGGGCUGUUCCAUGUGAUGUCGUUGGACUUGGAAACUGUAACGGUCAAGAAGUCGAGAUAGCGUUCGAGAAAGAUGAGAUGGUUAGACCUCUUCUGCGAAUGUUGCUACCGCAGGAUGGCUCGUACUUGCGAAACGGUACAAUAAAAGGAUGUUGGGAGCUAACAGGGAAUAACAAUAGCCUUCUGUUAAGCCUUCCACGUGCCAAAGUUGAAUCAGAGGUUCUUCCUAUCAGCGUGCCAGCUGUUGUUAAUGUUUUCGUCUUGGACCGUGAGAAGGAGAUUCCACUGACAUUACUAGCCGCUAUUCCUGCACUGAACUGUCGACGUUAG